CCGGGACGACCCCGAGUCGCCCCGCGGCGCCGUGCGAGGGCGGCCGCCGCCCGGGGCCGGGCUCCCCGCCCCCAGCGGUUUAAACGAGGCGUCCCCAGCCGGGGCUCCUGCCAGGCGGCCCGAGCAGGAAGUGUCGUCAGGAGGCCAUUUUUAAAGCCUCCUGCGGGCCUCGUCGUUGAGCGCUGAUGCUCGCAGGGCUUCCAGUGGUCACAGGAGCCGCCCCCGGCCACGCCCGCAGGGGGCCCGGGCCGCCCCAGGGGCCACGACGAAGCUCGGGUCCGGCGCCCAGGCUGUUGGCCCUGGACUGGCCUGGCCGGCGCGCCGUCGAGGGGAAGCCAGCCAACAAUGAACCCGGGACCCUGCUGGCAUUGUCUUCCCCCGGGAGUGCCCAGGAGGCGGUCCCCGGUCUGUUUUCCUUUAAGUGAAAAGAUUGGGCCAGUUUUUGUGCAAAAAGAAGAACAAAGACCAUUUUUAUCAUCUCUGCCAGGGCUGCCAUUUCCUCUCUGCUCAUUCUUUCUAGUACUUUAGAACUGAGUGCCUCCAAGAGCCAAGCCCUGUGCUGUUGAGUGUGAUAAACAAGAUCCUCACCAGUGAGAAUGUCCCCAGUCUUGACUGUUCUCAGACUGUGUUGUGUGCUGCAUUUCAUCAUCAUUGCCCACUUAUGCUCUUCUCGCCAACUACGGUUUCCAAGAUUUCAUCCCUGGAAUGAAAGCAGCUAGAGGUCACCUAAUCCAGACAUUCUCAUCGUGCUGUGGGAGUGGGGUGGGAGGCACUGGAAUCACAUGGGAAGAGUUUUGCACCACAUUUCUGAGCCCCACCCCAAGAAAAGGGUCAUCUGAUAAAUCAGGCUAUAUGAGUCCUGGGAAUCCUUUCAUUUUUUUUGAGCUCCCUAGGUGACUUUGCCACAUAACCCUCUUUGAGAAGAACUUCUAGGACACAUACCCUUUAGUUCCUGGAAGAAAUACACCAAGCAAGCAAGGCUGUGCACCUCCAGGACUUACCUCCAAGUGUCUGGCUUCUGUUGCAGGCCUCCCUGUGUAGCACCGUGCUGCCACACCGCCACUCGGGGUUGUGAAUACACAAGCCUACAUCAGGGUCUGAAAUUGUGACACAGAUGGCACUCACCGCCUGAGAAGAAAAGGCCUGAAAAGGAAGGAAGAGCCCAUGAAACUUGCCACAUUCGACCCCUGUUUGCAGCACGAGGGCUUCAGGCAAGAAGUAAGAACAGUGCUCAAGUGGCGGUAUACCCUGGCUGUCACUUUGGUUCACCACUUCACAUAGCAGGGUAGCAAGAAACAAAGAAUUCAGAUGGGACUUCGGCUACUGCUUUUCUCUUAACUCUGUGACCUUAGAAGAGCCACCUAGCUUUUCCAUACCUAUGCUCUUGGAAUAAACAGAGCCCUCCUAAAUUACCUAUCAUCGUACAAAUGCAGUGGCAAAGACACUGAGUUUCAAAGUGUUGCCUAGAAUAUCAGACAAUUGAAAGCAAUCACACUUGUGGACCAUGCACCUACAGUGGUGGUGUAUAUAAAAAGACUACUAAGUAUGCACCCAGGAAACAGCUGUUGCUGUACCAAUCUUUAUUGAAGGAUGCCUGCAGAGGAUUUUAUCAUGUGAAACCUUCUGACUUCCAGUCAGCUUUUUUGAGAAAUGCAGAUAAAGAAGAUGAAGGAUACCGGAGAACAGUUGUAUACUACACAAAUGAAUGGUGGACCCAAUUCCUUGACCAUGUCACCCAAACAACCUGAUGCCAAUCGAGCAACUCGGCCAGAUAGACAGGAAGCUCAAACCCUUUUGUAUCAAGGCUCAGAGGCUGAGGCUGCCAUGAUGACCAUUGCUACAUGUGUAAAAUGCAAAAGUGUUCACAGAAUCCCUCUCCAAGAUUUGAAAAAGGGUAGUGGUCAAAGCCCAAAGGAGGACAAAUAUAUCUGCUUCAAAUGCAACCUUGAUGCAGCUCCUCUCCAUUUGCAGUUUGUCAACAGUAAUCCCAGUGCUACUCAUUUUGGAAAUAAAACUGAAACCAUCUCAAGUCCUGUCAAUAACAAAUUUAAGGUAAGGAACUUUAAGCCAGGCAAAUACUACUGUGAUAAGUGUCGAUUUUCCACCAAGGACCCUCUGCAGUACAGAAAGCACAUGCUUCAACAUGAAGAGAUUAAAUUUAUUUGCUCUCACUGCAGCUACAUUUCAUACACAAAAGGAGAGUUUCAGAGACAUUUGGUGAAACACACAGGCAUAUUCCCUUAUCGAUGUGAGUAUUGUGACUAUGGUGCUAUUAGAAAUGAUUAUAUUGUCAAGCAUAGAAAGAGAGUACAUGAACGGGCUGGUGCAAAAAGGCCACUCAAAACUGUUGCCAAGCUGGAACCGAAAAGAGCCAGUGCUUCAAAACAAAACACAGAGCUUUUAAAAGCUUCCAACCCUAGGACUACAUUUCAAAACAAGUUGUCAGAUCAACUUGCAAGAUUCUCUGUCCACACAAAUAAAGACAAAAUACACAAUAUCAUGGUGUUACCUGAAUCAAAGGAAUACCAAAAAGAUGUAGUGUGUGUUCCAAAUAAAGUGACGCUAUCUGAGCCAAAUGAAGUCAGUCUGUUUGAGAACAAAAACGUGGAAGUGGAAGUGUUGUCUCCUGCAAAAGAACCUGUUCAGCCGGGAAUGCCGUUAACAGUUGUGGCACCAGCAGAACUAGUUGUCCCAGCAAACUGUUUAGCCCAGCUGAUAGAUGUGAAAGUUGUCAAUGGUACACAGCAGCUUGUUCUGAAACUGUUUCCACUGGAAGAAAACAGCUGCCUUGAAGCCAGCAAGGAUGAUGGAGGUAGUUCUGAGCCAAUGGAUAAAAAGAAUGUUUCAAAUGAACAAGGAACAAUAGUUUGUACGGAAAAAACAAAAUCAUUAACGAUUGAAGGGAAUGUUGGAAAAUUUGUAGGCAUUAAUAAUCUUCAAUCUUCAGUUCAGAAACAACUUAAAAAUGUUAAAUGGUUUAAGUCUUAUGAUUUUUUCAAGUCAAAUUCUAAUGUGCACAACCGUGGAGAAUCUGUUUUUCAGUCUGAUACAAUGGAGGAUUUGCAGAAAAAAAACAGUUUGUAUCCACACAGAACCUCCCUUCCUUCUCUUGCCUUAAAAGGGCAUUCUCCAGCAUCUAUAGUCAAAAACAGUGUUUUAUGUGGUUUUGGAGGUACCUCAAACCCUGUUACUUAUAGACCUGCCCAUUCUUUUGCUGAAGAUGGAAAAAAUUUGCCCAGUGAUUCACAGAAGUUAUUUCCGCUUGCUGUGUCACCUUCAACCAUUUCCUUCUCUGGAGAAAAAGGCUCAUUGCCUUUAAAGGAAAGUGACAGAGAGUCUAGAAGUAAGAUCGGUGUUCCUGUAAAAAUGGCUGCUUCUAGUAGGAAGCCAGAAAAUACCCAGACAGAAGACCACAAAGCAGUUUCAAAUACAGGCCCAAUUUCCUCUCAACGUAAAAGUGAAUGUUCACAUAUAAAUUUAAGUGGAGAGGAUGGAAUCAGAUCUCAACAGCCUGGUGAUAAGCCUUUGGAAUUAAAGGACUCUGAAAGGACUAAGGACACUUUUGACGGUCCAGUAAUCUCAUCAGUAUUUUCUCUCAGCUCUGGAUCUGAAAAUGUUCCUGAGGGCAUUAAGUGGAGUAGUUCAACCUCCAAAAUAAAGUCAAUUGAACUGUUGCGCAGAAAGAUAGCUCAGUUGAUUGAAUCCUGUGGCAAACCUUCAUCAUUGGCUGCAAAUAGUGCACAUCGUCGUUCUGUAGGGCAGGCAUCAAAGGUAACUUCGAAAGCUGGUCCUGAAAGUGUUCGAGAAAUUAAUGUGUCACUCACUGGCCCUGGCCCUUCUGCAGGUGCUCUUCCAAAGCCCAAAGAUGAUCAUGGUAGAACGGGCAGUGAACAGCUUACUCAUCCACAGAUGUAUCCAAAGUGUGUAGAUGGCUGCGAUGGGAAGACCGAAAGCAGAGUGACCAGGAAGCCUCAUGUAGCUACUCCAGUGUUAAUCCCCAAAGGAGCUGUGUUGAGGGUUCUCAACUCCUCUGAGGAUGCCCAUAUUAUAGAGGCCACAUGUGAAGCACCUGUCAGCAUACCUUGCAAUGAAACAGAGUUAAUAAAACCAGUUCCAUUCUGCCCUGUAACACAGACCAACUCAGACCUACAGGUUUUGACAGGUGAAGCUGGGCCAAUAGACAUGUCACGAGUACUUGAGACUUCUCUUCGGCCUAAACCAAGAAAAGAGAGUGCUGUCUACUGUAACACCACCCCUAAAAAAACAGGCACCCUUCAUGGACAGCAAGGAAGCAGUGAAUUGAAUAAGCAAGGAAAACUGCCUUCGAGAAAUCUUGCCACAAGCAGAAAUAAAAUCAAACAAGUAAGCUCCUCCAAGAAGAAAAGUAAGAUUCAGGCUGAUCCUAGCCGCUGUCUCAAAGAUCCUUCAGUUUUUCAGGUUGCACGACAGCUUCGACUGAUAGCAGCUAAACCAGAUCAGUUAAUUAAAUGCCCCCGUCGGAACCAGCCGGUCAUUGUGUUAAAUCAUCCUGAUGUUGACUCACCAGAAGUGACCAACGUGAUGAAGGUAAUCAAUAAGUACAAAGGCAAUGUCCUCAAAGUUGUUUUAUCAGAGAGGACGAGGUGUCAGCUAGGCAUCAGAAGGCAUCACGUUCGGCUGACCUAUCAGAAUGCAGAGGAAGCUAAUCAGAUUAAAAGGCAAAUGAUGUUGAAAAUGAAACUUAAAAAAGUGCAUAAAAACAACUACCAGGUGGUGGAUUCCUUGCCUGAUGACUCAUCACAGUGUAUUUUUAAAUGCUGGUUUUGUGGGCGGCUCUAUGAAGACCAGGAAGAGUGGAUGAGUCAUGGCCAACGACAUUUGAUAGAAGCUACUAGAGAUUGGGAUGUUCUUUCUUCCAGCGGCAAAUAAGCAAAAAAAAAAAAAAAAGUUGGUCUUUAAAGCAAGUUUUGUUUUUUUUUUUCUUUCUGGUUUGGAAUACCCUUUCCAGAUUCAGUAGGAGAAAUAAAAGUUGUAGAAAUGAGAUUGUUAAUCCUUCAGAUCCUCUCUAGGAAUGUUGAAAGCUCCUAACCUGAGCUUUGUGAUUAGACCUCAGAAGGUGUUUGAAGGCCCUGAAAUUGUACGCACAAGUUUGUGGACAUGUGUUUCUCUGGUGAGAGGAUAUGAAACUCAGCAGUUUCCUUUAGUGGAAUCUGAAUUCUUUGUGUAGCACCUGUUUGCAAGUAGAUACACAUCUUUUAUAAUUAUAUUCAGAGGGGCAAGUCUAGGAUAUUUUACACAUGCUCUUUAUAUAAAUGCUACUGAAGAAUUAAACUUAUGUUUUGGUGUGCACAUCCUCUUUGUUUUUGCUUUAACUCAUCUCCUGAAUAUUGUUACAUGACAAAAGUUAUAUUGUCUUUAUAGUUACCUUAAGUUUGGUUAUAGCAAAAUGGCCAUUCUUUUUAAUCCCUUCCCCACUCUCUAAUACUCGUGAAUGUUCUGUUACAGCACAGAGUCUUGCUUUUGUUGGCUGUUUUAAAGAACGGUCCCAAGGAAUUGCCAAAAUUUAUUAUUUCAAUAGGUGUUAGGAGAUGAAAUAUAUUUUAAGUAUUUAUUUAGAUUUUACUUUUAAAAAGUCUUGAUUUAUGAUAAUUCGAUAGGGAAUGUGCCUUUUUACCAAAAAACAAUUUUAAUGAUGGCUAUAGGAGGAAGACAUCUAAAAGUAAGUCUCCUCUUUGCCCUUACCACUCUCACAAAAUAAAUGGCCAAUAUAAAACAUGAUAGGACUGACUUCUUAAAAUACAUGUAAAACAUUGGGAAGAUAGUUAAAUGUAGGCUUGUAAAGAAAGCUCUAAAGGGGGUUGUAUGUGACUUAGCUUUCAUUUGGGAACUCAUCUGGAGACUGUUGGUGUAUGCCACCUCGUACUACAGGCCAUGGACCCUGCUCCCCAGGUCUCUGCCUAGUCUCUCAGCCACUGUUUCUGCACAGCCUUUCUGUGGACUUGAGAUAGUGUCCCUGCUCACAUGCUGUUCCUUUGCUUCUGUGUUUUUGAAGCCCCUUAACAUUGUCCUGCAUAAAACCAACAGAAUCAACAAAACAGAAAUGCCCCACUGCCUUUGCUAAGGUGAUAGGAACACUAUUACUGAAUUUGAUUGCUAAUAACAAUCUGCUGCUAGUUAUGUCAACCAUGCUUUCCCUGUUGCUCACCUAUCCUAGGAGAGCACUGACUGCACUUUCCCAACAAAUGUCAGGACUGUCUACACAGCACACUUGCGAACAUUAGGAAAAAAUCCACCCUCUACACAAGCAAAGCUCAGGUGUAUUGUGGAAGGCUUGGCAAGUGCAGCACAAGACUAAAUUUCAGUCUUCACUUGCCCAUGCAGCCAGAUACUGAGCACAGCACAGCCACCAACCUCCCCAGACUGUUUGCCUCCUUUUGAGGACUGGGUGCUGUGAAAGAAACUGGUAACAUCUUGGGGGGGGCGGGGGGCUUCAAGUAGUGAGCUGGAAAAUCCUGAUUUUUCUCACAUGGACAAGUCUUAAAUUAUCUGGUAGGUGGGAUUAUCCUUUAGAGUUGGUUUUCAUUAAAGAUAAUUAACAUUUUUGUGUAAUUGAGUACAUGACCAUUAAGUUGAUUAAUGAGUUGCUUUUUACUUAAAACCUUGCAUUGUUUGUGUGUGUACACGUAAAAUAUUUUUUACAAUAUGAAUACUGCACCAACUAGUUUCCUGUUUUACAAUGUGUAGACUGGAAGAAUGUAAAAUGUUUUUAUAGUCUAAGAAUAAUUUAUUUUGGAAGCACAUUUUUAUAGCAUUCUCAUGUUUUUAGAAAAUGCAAGCACAGUAAAUGAUGGGAUCUGAUUUACAUGAACAAACAGAAACCCCAGGGGAUCACUCUGUCACAACAUGCUUUUUCAUUUGGUGCUGUUGGAGAAGUGUUUCACUGCACAGCAAAGAGCAUUCUGAAGUUUUACUCUUGUGACAGACAUGCUACCCCUCCAGCAAUGGAGAAUGCCUCCAAGAUACGGAGAGAAGGCUGUGAUUCUUUGGUUUGUUUUUUUAUUAUCUCCCUGUGGAGUGGCUUUUUCCUAAAUGGCUAGACUCAGCAUUGGUCAUGAGUCAGGUUAGGGUGUUAAGUGUCGAUACAAGAAACUUACUGUAGCAUCAGCUAUUUUUUCAAGUAUUAUCUCAAACCAACAAAAUACUUGUGAAGUUGAAUUUUGUGAGAAAAUAGUAAGUUGGGUGGGGGGGUUCAGAACUGUAGUACUUUUAAGAAAUUAAAGGAAUCCUGCAAGUUGUAAAAAUGGGGGGGAGUGGCUAUCUUAAGAAUUUUAGAAAAUAGUUUAAUGUGUAUAAAUGUCAUCAAAUGAACAUACUUCUAACAGAAUUGGAGGGAGUAGGGGCAAAACUGUGCUGAGUAUUUGUGUACUCUAAACCUUGAUUGUGAAGGACCUCCGGUUACUGCAUUUUGUUAAUAGUACUAAUAAAAUUAUUUUAAACUUUUAAAGUAGGUUUUCUUUUGGGGACCAGAAAUGAGAUGACUUUGUUGUAUUUAUGAUAUAGACAAAUAAAGAACAAAUUUUUUUUAAAUAAGCAACACUGACUCGAUGUACAUGCAAAUAUAUUUUAUUCACAUUUUUAGCCCCAGUCCAAAAUAUUUUGUGAGUCCCUAUUAUUACAGACCAAGUGCUGUUUGCUGAACAGAAUGUAUUCACCAUCAAUAGCUCUAUCCCUCCUUUGAACAUACAGAAGCCUAGCAAAUGAAGAUAUGUUCAGCCUUUGGAAUCUAAUAUAUAUGAGCAGAAAACAAAACCUUAAGUAACAUGUUUAAAGCAUUAUAAUUCCUGUGUUAACAGUGUGCUGCUCUGAUUUUAAAACAUUUGUAUAUAGAUCUAGAAGUUGGCAUAAAUUUUAAAUAAAAUUUUCCUGUCAUUUUCA